UUUUAUUACAAUGUACCCUGGGAUAAGUAUGGUUUACGCAUGUGUUGUUUACUACAAGUAGGCCUAUUUCCGACAAACUUGACAAGAUUCCUUUGAAUGACUGACAUGAUGUAUUGUCGUAUGUUCUAUCUUUUUAGGAUAAUUUAAAAGAUAAGAAAGAUGUCUGCACGGAGCAGUAGUAGAAGUAAGGUUGGCCGUGGAGAGGAUGUGAAUCUUAGCCUCACCGGUUCACAGAUAUCCUCCGUCAAAAAGUCCUCUUCUAGCAGGCAGCCAAACCUUUCUAGUGAUAAAAGAGGACCAAACAAGGAAACAUCACGGAGUACACAUUUAAAGAAAAAUUCUGCAGAUGUACCUAACUUGAGUGACAGAAGUCAGAAGAGUGCUGUGUCCUCAGUGAGUAAAGCAAGUAGCAGGACGGCCAAGUCACCAGGGGAGGACUUCUUAGCUCUGUUUGAGACAUCCAUGCAGCCAAAGAUAAAGUCAACAUCAAAACAGAAGCAACCCUCACCAAAUGCUGUCAAGGUUCUCUGGCAAGAAGCACCUCAUAAGGGUGAGCUGGAUAGUCAGAGAAGCACCAACUCCACGCAGAGGGUCAACAAUGAUGGGGGUGGGCUUCUGUCACCCAUCAUGCAACAGAACUUCUUUCAGCCGAGCAGUGUUCACAGUAGCUCAGACUCUGACAAUGAUGGUAUACUGUCAUCAAGUCUCAAUAAAAUACAGUCACUCCAGCGAAUGUCUCAUACAGCAAAAUCUGACAGUUACAAGAAUGGAAAACCUAAACCUCGACCGUCUAGUGUGAAUACCAGUAACUCGGCUAUAAACCAUGUAAACGGAGUCAAUGGUAUUGCAAACAACAUGGUUAUAACUGUGAAAUCUCCAAGGACAAAGGCUUCCCUGUCAAGUAUAGAAAACUCCUAUCAGAAUAUCAAACACAAAACACCAGUGAACCAGGUUAAGGAAGGUUUAGCUAUACUGAGAAAUGUCUCAGCUGAGGAGUAUGUACAAACACUGACUUCUGCAGCAAUCAAAAUACAAAGGUGGUAUCGCAGAAUUCUUGUAAGGAGGAAAAAGAAUAAAGCUGUGAAAAUGGCAGGCGAGGCAGCAAUCAAAAGACUUUUAGGACAGAAGAAAAAAGACAUAGAAGAACAUAGAUUAGAUCUGGAUUUUUUGGACGAUGAAGAUAGGAAAAUUGAUGAAAGAAGAAAGAUAAGGGAAGACAAAGCAAAACAGGCAAGACAACAGGCAAUUCAGGAAUUACAAAAGAAGAGGGAAGAAAAGAGAGAUGAAGUAAAACAGAAAGCAGAGGCAGAAAUAUCAUAUUUACAAGCAAGUGGCAAAAUAACAAAAACGCCUGCAAAGGCUAAUAUUGGAAGGAAGAAAUCUCCUGUAAAAAGUUUUAGUAGUUCACAGAAGGACAAUAAUGUAGAUAGAGAUGCAAGGGCUAGGUCAGCACGUUCAGGUAUAUCAGACGUAAAAACUCUGUCAGCACGCUCUCAGGAAGGAAGUGAGCAAUUGAUUGAGUCUGCAAGUAAUGAGAAUCAGAUGGAGAGUGAUCAUGACAGCGAUGCUCUAACGCUGACAGAGCGGAGUCAGGGGUACGGAGGGCCAGACAGCGAGAUCACAAACAAGUCUACACUCAACGACCUUCUAGAGACACUGAAAAAGCUUGAAGCAGAGGAACACUUAGUCACCCCUAAGCCAGAGAGGAAGAAUGCAUGGUUGGAUGAGCUAGAGAAAGUAGCCCAGUCCAGUGAGAAGGACGUUGCCUAUUUGACAGCUGAUAAACUCCAUGAGUUGAACAGACAGCGAGAGGGAGGUGCUGCUAGUGGUUAUUUGAGUGAUGACAAGCUCAAAAGCAUCAUGUCGUUCCUGGAUGAAGUACAGGUAGCGGACAGAAUCAGCGCUGUAGAACAGGAGAUAAGUAAAGCAUCAGAGGAUUUUGACCGACCAGUUCCACUUGUACCCUCUGUAGACCAGCUUGCCGAGCUUGAACAGGCACAGGAAGCUGCCAAUGAAGUUACUUCCACCAUGUUAUCACAGCGACUCGAACUGGAUGAGAGAAAGAGGACAGUUAGCAUGCUACAGAAAGCUCUAAACCAGCAGCGAGAGUUGACUGUUCGACAUGCCAGGGAAACAGAUAAGGAAAUGAAAAAGAGGCUUGAAAUACAAAAGGAUGAAUACGAAGAGACUAUAAAACGACAUCUCUCAUUUAUCGAUCAGCUGAUUGACGACAAGAAGAGCCUGAGUGAGAAGUGUGAACAGCUGGUGAAGGAAUUGAAGAUUAUAGACCGGAAAUACCAGGAGAAGUUCAAAAGCAUGGAUGAAAAGCAUUCCUUUGAGAUGAAGAAAUUAAAAGAUAUGCAUGAAGCUGCUGAAAAACUAAGGAGAGAAAGAUGGAUUGAAGACAAGACUAAGAAAAUCAAGGAAAUGACUGUGAAGGGACUGGAGCCAGAGAUACAGAGACUGAUAGCAAAACACAAAAAUGAGUUCAAGAAGAUGAAACAGAUUCAUGAAGCAGAGUUGCUGGAAUCUGAUGAGCGGGCUGCCCAGAGAUAUGUCAAGAUGACUGAAGAACUCCGAGACCAGUUGGCAAAAGAGAAGGAAGCAGCGUGUGGAAGAGAGCGGGAACUGGCCAAACAGAGGUAUGAGAAGGAAAUACAGAACGAAGAGGAAGCAUACCAGCAGCAGCGUCGCCGGUUAUACACCGAAGUUCAGGAAGAGAAGGACCGUGUUGCACAGCAGGCCUCACGCCAGAGGACUGAGCUUGACAAACUACAGCGACAGCUUGAGGAUAGCCACAGACAUGCACUCAAUGCCAUGAAGUCUGAGUUUGAAAAGGCCAGAGAGGAACAAGAACGGAGACAUAAUGAGGAAACAACUGAUAUAAGGGAGAAGGUUAGGAUAGAGAAGGAGCAGUGGGAGGAGAACUACCGCAAAAAACAGGACACCUGGAGCAUGCAGAAGGAGCGUGAGCUCAGGGAUCAAGUGAAGCGUGACCGGGACAAGGAGAUUGAGAUGGUCAUCUCUCGACUUGAGGACGAUGCCACUUCUUCACGUGAAGAAUGUGAACGAGCUGCAGAAAAUAAGAUCAAGAGGAUACGUGAAAAAUACCAAGCAGAAAUGAAGGAUUUGGAACGAUCUGAAAUGCAAGCUUUAGAAAAAUAUAAUGAAAUGAAGGCGAAACUAACUGAAGUUGAAGGAGAAAAUGAAUGCCUGAAAGUAUAUUUAAAGCAAAAAGAUCAAGAAAUAGCACAAUUACAGCAACUAACAGAUAAGAUGCACAAGGAGAGAGACCGCGUCUCGGACAUCAUACGGCAGGAAUUUGCAGAUCGACUUGUAACCACUGAUGAGGAAAACCGUAGAAUUAAGAACGAAAUGUCUGAAAUGAAAGCACGGCACCGUAUUGAGCUGGAUAGAUCUAAAGAUCAGAUAGAAGAAGUAAAGAAACUCAAAGAUGAUGAAAUGGAACAAGUACAUAACAGGGUUAAGCAAGCUAUUGUGAAGAAGGAAGAGGUGUUGAACCAGGUGCGACAGCAGUACCAGGCUGCACAGAAACGAGCUGACCAUUUAGAGGGGCUGCUGCAGCAACAGCGCAAGCAGCUACUCAACAAGUGACACUGGCUCUGAGCAAGAUACUAUAGACAGACACAUAAGUCCAUAGCUUUAGUCCAGGUGAUGUUAAGUCAUGUUUAGUCCUGGUGAUAGUUGUACGGUAUCAAAUGUAAUAGUGACUCUCAUAUUAGUUAGUGCUUCCUCCUCUGCUUAGGAUAACAGACACUGACAAAAAAACUAGAUUGUGAUGUUAUGUGGAUUUCUGUCAGUGCAAACAAACACUGGACCGUGAUAUUAAGUGAGCUACUCUCGGUGGAUAAUCAACACUGGACCGUUAUGUGACAUAGACUUCUGUUGGUGUAUAACAAACACUGGACCGUGACAUUAAGUGAUCUACUCUUGGUGGAUAAUCAACACUGGACCGUUAUGUGACAUAGACUUCUGUUGGUGUAUAACAAACACUGACCAAAGAUUUUAUGUCAGCCACUCUUGGUGGAUAAUCAACACUGGACCGUGACGUUAUGUGACAUAGACUUCUGUUGGUGUAUAACAAACACUGAACCAAGAUUUUAUGUCAGCCACUCUUGGUGGAUAAUCAACACUGGACCGUAAUGUGACAUGGACUUCUGUUGGUGUAUAACAAACACUGAACCAAGAUUUUAUGUCAGCCACUCUUGGGGGAUAAUCAACACUGGACCGGGACGUUAUGUGACAUAGACUUCUGUUGGUGUAUAUAUAACAAACACGGGACUCUGAUAUUAAGUGGACAUCUAUCUGUGAAACAAACACUGGACUGUGAUGUGACAUGGACUUCUGUCGGUGAAUAAGAAACACUAGACCUGUAGUGUAGGUGUUAACAUGAAUUUCUGUCAAUGUAUAAGAAACAAUGGAUCUAGUUGUUGCAUGAAUUUCUGUCAGUGUAUAAGAAACAGUAGACCAAGGUGUUAACAUGAAUUUCUGUCAAUUUAUAAGACACACUAGACAUAGGUGUUACAUGAAUUUCUGUCGGUGUAUAAGAAACACAAGACCAAGGUGUUACAUGAAUUUCUGUCAGUCAGACAGUGUAUAAAUGAUCAAUAGCUGAUACAUAUUUCAUUUUCAAACCUUUGAUCAGUUUAACAAAAUUAACAACUUGAAAUUUGCAUAAGCCUUGAUUAGCUCCGCCAACAUUUACUGUUGAUAACAACACACAAUUUGGAAAAUUUGCAUACCUCCCCCCUCGUUUUGUCAGUGUCAUGGAAACAUGUCACGAUCUAUGUUAAGGGUAUGAGAUAACUCCAGUUUACUGGAACAAUGGUUAUUUGAGAGAAAGUCGGUGUAGACUGUAAAUAUAGAUAUUUAUUUAUUGUAUAGAUUUAUACUAUUCAUUAGAGGUUGUACAUAGUAACCUGGCUAAACUGAGCCCUGUAUAAUCCAGAAGUAUAUAGUAGACCUUCAAAAAGGUUACACUGCUUCAAAUAUUUUUGUUAUUCUGGACCAGUGAGCUUCUUCAGAAUCCAAUGUGUUUAAACCAGUGAGUAUUGACAGAAAAUGUGUCCAACCAGUGAUUUCUAUAGAAAAUAAAAAAUGUAUCUUAUUAUUGUACCCUGAACAUUACCUAAGAUUCUGCUCUUAUAUAUUGUCUUAGUAGAGAUACAGAAGUGAUAUUUAAAGUUUAUUCUUUAAUAGCGUGCUAUGGAUUGUUAACAUAUGAUUUUAUUAUUAGAUAACAUUUGAUGUUUGAAGGAGAGUAACAAGCAUUAUGUGAAAUUUGGCAUUUGAAGAAGGUGGAAGUUCACUAAAGAAUGAGAACAGUUGCUUUCCAUAGAAACAGUUUACUUCAGCUAUCCUACAUAUUCCAGAACUUCACCAGUAUUAGUUUAAUAAUAGUAUUGUUGUUGAUAAAAUCAUGUGUUAUAAUCAAUCUUAGGUUUUAUUCUCAAUAGAUCCCCCCUGUUUUUGAUCUGUAGCUGUAAGAGCUGUAAACCCAGUAAGUUCACUAGUUAGGAUUCCCACUGGUCUACAUGACACCUCAACUUAAUCAAUUACACUAACUUCUGAAGUAUAGUAAACUGCUGACUUAAACUGUAACAUUCUUAUUUGUAGUUAGUUCUAGGUCCAUGUUAAUAUAGAUAUCUUUAGUAUUCCUGUUAGUCUAUUGUAGACGGUGCUGUCAGUUCUAUGUAAGAGGAGCUCUGGAUCAGCGUGGCUCGACAUAGAAUAAAAAAAAUGUCAACUACAGUCUUAUUUGGCUGAUGCAGUGCUUAUCAUGCUGUAGGCAUUCAUGUUGUUAUUGUUGUUGUUGUUGUUUAUCUAUAAGCUAUUGCAUGUUGCCAUGGAGAUAUCUUAUUAUCUCCCUUUGGCGGAAGUCUGUGAUAUUAAAUGUCCAUGUAAUCAUGAACAGUAUAUGAUAUGGAUUUUACAAAUUAUCUAUUUUAAUGUCAAAUGCUUUUUCGAAUGUUUCACUUACAUAACGUGAAUAUGAUCCGUCAAUGCUACAUUUUGAGUCAUAUAUUAUGUAAUUUGUAGUUCAUCUGGUAUAAAGUGUAUAAUGGCUUAUGCGAUUGCGCAAUGUCUUUUCUGUCCAGCAUCUUGUUUAUACACUCUAUGAAUACAGUGCUUUAAAAAAAAAAUACAGGUUUCUUUUCUACAAUAGAUUGUCUUAAAGGGUACAACAAAAUUUUAAACUGGUCCGGGGUAUUGUUACCAGUCCAGGGCUCACUCGUUUAUAAAGCUGAUGCUGUACAAGUACAGAGGUCAAAUUGUAGGAAGAGGGAGGAAAUGAGAUCUGGUGUUAUUCCGUAAUUUUAUGCCAUAUAUUCAUGACUGGAACAUUUCCUGUUAAAUUUGGGUGUAAAAUUGGUUAAUCAAGGGGAUGGACUUCAUUCUAGGCAUGAGCUUAUCACAUGUAAAUGGUAAGCUUCACUUCAAAUUGAUAGAAACUUUAUUAUAUAUUCUGGUCCUAAAUGACUCAAAUUGUCGAUGGGCCGUUAAACAAUACACAAACAAACAAAACAAAACAAAAUUGUUGAAAUUCUUGGUUGAAUAGAGACAUCUGGACGAUAUGUUGUGAUACAGACCCCAAGGAAGCAGACUUGACAAAUCAAAUAUCCUGUCUUCAUCAAUGCAUAUCUAUUUGUAAGUUUAUGGAGGUACAGCAUGCAAAUAUGUAUUAAUCUACAGUAUUUGUAUUUUUAAGAAACCAAAUUAUUUGGAGUCGCUCUGCCCGAUGGUAACUUGAUAUGGUUACAAGGACUAUGCUAAUUUACAUACUUGUAUUAAGAGUGGUGUUAAAAAUCAUAUUUAUUACACAGUAAUGAUAUUGAUAUUAUCAUCUGAUACGUUUACACCCUAUUAAAGUUGAUCAGGUCAUCCUUUACUAAAAUAACAAACUCCAUAUUCCGCGUGACAGUUCUGAAACUUAAUGUACCUUGUACCUCCUCAGCUUGAGAGCACAUACUAAUAGAACAUGUAUAAUAUUCUUGUUUGAAAACAGUUUUAUGAUAAAUUGGUUGUAAAAAAAAAUCUAGGUGAAAUUUACUCAGUACAGAAAUAUCAGUUUGUUAUUUAUUUAUGCUGUGUUAUCAUAUGUUUACGUCAGACUUGAAUUUUUGUGUACCAUUUUUUUAAUCAGAUCAUUAAAUAAUUUCAACUCUAAA